GGGAAGUUGUCAAUUUGAUGAACAGUAGUGCUCUGUAGAUUCAUUUCAAAUUUUUGCCCGAAAUUUGAUCUCAGAAGAUAUUCAAAAGAGAAGGCACGAAAUCGAUUGAGAUCUAUCUACCAUCCCAUGGCGAAUCAGGCGAUGGCCACGAACAUUGCGAAGCUGAUUGUGAAAUCUGGCCUUAAACCCUUCAAAACGACGCCAUCGCUGCUUUCGAAUCUUGAUUCUCGGGUAACGCAAUUGGUUUUGUCUAAUCCAAGCGUUCCUACUCAGUCGUGUUUGAGUUUUUUCAACUUUCUCCGACAAAAUCCUUCUCAGAAACCCGAUCUUCGGGCACAUUUAAUCCUUAUUUGUAGGUUGUAUCGAGCUCGGAAGUUUGCUGUAAUGAAAAAUGUGUUGAACUUCAUCGUCAAUGAUGGAAAUCUUCGCAGCAGUACUGAACGGAUUGUUUCUUCGAUUGGAGGUGAGCUCAGUGAGCCAAAAUUUGUUGAUAAAUUUUGUGAUAUGCUGUUUAGGGUAUACGUGGAUAACGGAAUGUUUGAUUCGGCUUUGGAAGUUUUUGAUUAUGCGAGAAAGAAUAGGUUUGAGAUUGAGGAGAGAUCCUGUCUUGUCCUUCUGCUUGCUUUAAAGAGGUCUGGUAAUGUUGAAUUAUCUCUGGAAUUCUUGCGCCAAAUGGUCGAUUCAGGUGUGGAAAUAAGUGUUUAUUCGUUGACGAUUGUGGUUGAUGGGUUGUGUAGAAAAGGGGAGGUUGAAAGGGCCAAGGCUUUGAUGGAUGAACUUGUUGGCAAAGGAUUUAAGCCCAAUGUUUUCACAUAUAAUACUCUUUUGAAAGCUUAUAUUGAAAGGAAGAAUAUGAGCUGUGUAAAUGAGAUUCUUAGUUUGAUGGAGAAAGAUGGCGUGGAUUAUAAUGCAACAACGUAUACAAUUUUGAUUGAAUGGUAUUCAAGAAGUGGGAAAAUUGAAGAAGCAGAGAAGGUGUUCGAUGAAAUGCUUAAGAGAGGUAUAGAGCCUGAUGUUUAUGUUUACACCUCCAUUAUAAAUUGGAACUGUAAUUCUGGAAACAUGAAGAGGGCCUUUGCUCUGUUUGAUGAAAUGACUGAGAGAGGACUUGUUCCAAAUGCUUACACUUAUGGUGCUCUUAUAAAUGGUGCCUGCAAGGCAGGGGAGAUGGAGGCAGCUGAGAUGCUGGUAAAUGACAUGCAAAGUAAAGGGAUUGAUGUAAAUCAAGUUAUAUUCAAUACGUUGAUAGAUGGGUACUGCAAAAAAGGGAUGCUUGACGAAGCUCUAAGGCUGCAGGAUAUCAUGCAGCAAAAAGGGUUCGAGAUUGAUGUGUUUACUUAUAACAUAAUUGCCAGUGGGUUUUGUAGGUCGAAUCGGCGAGACGAAGCAAAGAGUUUAUUGCUCACAAUGGAAGAAAGGGGAGUGGCUCCAAAUGCAGUGAGCUUCAGUACUUUGAUUGACAUUUACUGCAAAGAAGGGAAUUUUGCAGAAGCAAAGAGGCUGUUGAAGGAAAUGGAGACGAAGGGCAAGGUACCUAAUGUUGUUACGUACAAUACUUUCAUUGAUGGAUAUGGGAAGAAGGGAAAGAUGGAGGAGGCAUACAAGCUGAGAGACGAGAUGCAAGAAAGGGGGUUAAUGGCAGACACAUUUACAUAUUCAUCACUUAUAAAUGGGGAAUGUGUUCGUGGGAAUUUGGAUACGGCACUUGAACUGUUUAAUGAAAUGCCACAGCGAGGGCUAAAUAGAAAUUUGAUAACUUACACGGCAUUGAUCUCUGGGUUGUCGAAGGAUGGUAGAUCUGAUGAAGCUUUUAAAUUAUACGAUGAAAUGAAAGCAGCAGGCAUUGAACCCGAUGAUAGAAUAUAUUCUUCCUUGACAGGGAGCCUUCAUAGAGCAGGAUCUUACUUUGGCAGUCAAAAACCAGGCAUGCAGAAGGAAGGGGAAANUUCGGCUUUGGAAGUUUUUGAUUAUGCGAGAAAGAAUAGGUUUGAGAUUGAGGAGAGAUCCUGUCUUGUCCUUCUGCUUGCUUUAAAGAGGUCUGGUAAUGUUGAAUUAUCUCUGGAAUUCUUGCGCCAAAUGGUCGAUUCAGGUGUGGAAAUAAGUGUUUAUUCGUUGACGAUUGUGGUUGAUGGGUUGUGUAGAAAAGGGGAGGUUGAAAGGGCCAAGGCUUUGAUGGAUGAACUUGUUGGCAAAGGAUUUAAGCCCAAUGUUUUCACAUAUAAUACUCUUUUGAAAGCUUAUAUUGAAAGGAAGAAUAUGAGCUGUGUAAAUGAGAUUCUUAGUUUGAUGGAGAAAGAUGGCGUGGAUUAUAAUGCAACAACGUAUACAAUUUUGAUUGAAUGGUAUUCAAGAAGUGGGAAAAUUGAAGAAGCAGAGAAGGUGUUCGAUGAAAUGCUUAAGAGAGGUAUAGAGCCUGAUGUUUAUGUUUACACCUCCAUUAUAAAUUGGAACUGUAAUUCUGGAAACAUGAAGAGGGCCUUUGCUCUGUUUGAUGAAAUGACUGAGAGAGGACUUGUUCCAAAUGCUUACACUUAUGGUGCUCUUAUAAAUGGUGCCUGCAAGGCAGGGGAGAUGGAGGCAGCUGAGAUGCUGGUAAAUGACAUGCAAAGUAAAGGGAUUGAUGUAAAUCAAGUUAUAUUCAAUACGUUGAUAGAUGGGUACUGCAAAAAAGGGAUGCUUGACGAAGCUCUAAGGCUGCAGGAUAUCAUGCAGCAAAAAGGGUUCGAGAUUGAUGUGUUUACUUAUAACAUAAUUGCCAGUGGGUUUUGUAGGUCGAAUCGGCGAGACGAAGCAAAGAGUUUAUUGCUCACAAUGGAAGAAAGGGGAGUGGCUCCAAAUGCAGUGAGCUUCAGUACUUUGAUUGACAUUUACUGCAAAGAAGGGAAUUUUGCAGAAGCAAAGAGGCUGUUGAAGGAAAUGGAGACGAAGGGCAAGGUACCUAAUGUUGUUACGUACAAUACUUUCAUUGAUGGAUAUGGGAAGAAGGGAAAGAUGGAGGAGGCAUACAAGCUGAGAGACGAGAUGCAAGAAAGGGGGUUAAUGGCAGACACAUUUACAUAUUCAUCACUUAUAAAUGGGGAAUGUGUUCGUGGGAAUUUGGAUACGGCACUUGAACUGUUUAAUGAAAUGCCACAGCGAGGGCUAAAUAGAAAUUUGAUAACUUACACGGCAUUGAUCUCUGGGUUGUCGAAGGAUGGUAGAUCUGAUGAAGCUUUUAAAUUAUACGAUGAAAUGAAAGCAGCAGGCAUUGAACCCGAUGAUAGAAUAUAUUCUUCCUUGACAGGGAGCCUUCAUAGAGCAGGAUCUUAGUUUCGGGAUUGGAAAUUGUCAUCAACCGAAUUGAAACUUGACCAGACUGGGUGUAUUGAGCUACAAUUUACCGAAGUGUGAAUGUACUCGAACGACUGGGUAUAUUCGUAAAUCCCUUUUGUUGCUUUUGAUUCCUUCUUUAUCGCUUUUGAGGCAUUGAAG